AUGGAGAAAUCUCAACAAGAAUUCCUUACCUAUAAUGAGAAAGUGCCUUAUGUCGCAAACGAAAUAGGCCAAGAUGCCAGUAUUGGCGAGGUUUUUGAGUAUCAGGCAUCCCCUGAAGAGGAACGCCGACUGUUGAGGAAACUAGAUCUUUUCAUGAUUCCAACUAUGGGAGUGUGCUACAUGCUUCAAUACAUGGAUAAACUGGCUAUAAGUCAAGCAACACUGUUGAAUUUGCGAGCAGAUCUUGGUCUUGUUGGUUCACAAUAUACUUGGUGCUCCGCGAUAUUUUACUUUGGAUACCUGGCCUGGAGCUGGCCAACAUCUUAUUUGAUUGUCCGUCUUCCCCUGGGAAAAUAUUUGGCGGUAUCUGUAUUUUUGUGGGGUGGCGUUCUGAUGUGUCACGCAGCUUGCCAGAACUUCGCUGGGUUGAUCACUGCUCGAUUUUUCCUCGGAGUUGGUGAAGCUGCCGUCGCACCAGGGUUUGGAUUAAUCACUGGAAUGUUCUAUAAGCGCGAGGAGCAGCCAGCACGCCAAGGUGCGUGGUUCGUCGGCAAUUGCAUCGCCAACAUAAUCGGUGGUGUCGUUGCAUAUGGAAUCGGGCAUUCUGCCUCGGACCUGCAGAGCUGGCGUCUAUUAUUCCUCGCACUGGGAGCCAUCACUUCCGGUUAUGCCGUGUUUCUUUUCUUCGUUCUACCCGAUUCGCCUGCCACGGCUUCCUUCCUCACACCUACGGAGCGAACUAUUGCAGUGCAACGAACACUGGCAAAUAAGACUGGUGCCACUGAAACCACGCCAUUCCAGUGGAGCCAGGUCAUGGAUGCAGCGAAAGACCCGCAAGUAUGGCUCUUGGUAUUUUAUACAUUUUGCGUGAAUCUUGCCAAUGGCGGACUUACUAGCUUUGGUGCCAUCAUUGUUGAAGGAUUCGGUUUCUCUGCUUUCAAAUCACUGUUGAUUCAGAUGCCAAUGGGCCUUUCUCAACUUGUCUUCCUUGUCAUUACUGCGACUAUCGCCACAUGCAUCGCGUCCUCUCGUAUCCCAGUAAUGGUGCUCAAUGUCAUAGUAUCCGUCAUCGGUACCGCUAUGAUAUACACCCUCGACGAUGACCAGAAGAUUGCGAAAAUGGUUGGACUGUGCUUUGUCGCGGUUUUUGCUGUCAACAUCCCCCUCAUCUUGAGCAUCGUCAGCUCAAAUGUUGCCGGUGUCACAAAGAGAAGUACGGUCAGUGUUGCUGUGUUUGCUGCGUAUUGCGUAGGCAAUAUUGUGGGCCCGCAAUUCUUUUUGGCUUCCGAGGAGCCUGUUUAUGCGACCGGUAUUCGUGCAUCACUAUGCGGACUUGCGCUGGGUAUUCUCUUCCUCGGUUUACUUUUCACAUUCUACAUUUGGGAGAACAAACGACGAGACUCUAAGCAGGGCCAGGUGGUGAUUUCUGACCUGGAAGGUGUUGUUGCAGCACAAGCGAACAAGACGGAUCGACAGAUUCCCGGUUUCCGGUAUGCUCUUUAG